UUAAGGUGUGCGCUCGAGGCUGCGCGAGACGGAGGCCUUUCCUGUGCGAAAUGACAUCCAUUAGGACUGAGAUACAGAAGCGGAUUUAAUUUUACAGGCAGCAGAAACUAUAACAUUGGGAAACUAGGAGUCUCCAGGAGCUAGAGAAGAAAUAAAGCUGUCAUUUGGUGAUUGAUCACCUGAGAACAGGUGAGUACAGCUUUCCUGAGCAGCAGGUAUCUUCACCAUCAGGGACGGUUUAACGACAAAGAACGUUUCACAGAUUCUGUCGGUUUAAGUAACUCUUUGUGAGCCGGUCUGAAGCUCUGCUGGUUCCUCACACGAUGCAAAGACUCGGAGUGUGAGCGGGUUUGGAUGCCACCUGACCAACAGGAAGUCACAGAGAUGUUCACACACACAGCUUUAUGAUCUAACUUUGAGCAGAAUGAAGUGUAACUGGACAUCCACGCUCUUUUCUCACGUUGUGGUUUAACCCACACUGUGAUGUGACAGCAAUGGCGUCUGCCGUGGCCAAUAGGAGUCGAGGAAACCAGUCGCUGGGACUGAAGGGUGUCGACCCUGAAACAUGCAUGAUUGUGUUCAAGAACCACUGGGCUCAGGUGGUUAAGAUACUGGAGAAACAUGACCCUUUACGGAGCACUGGAGGUCUCAGCCUCAAGGUCGGAGUUCACGCGUUCAGAGUUCAUGGUCUCCGCCAUGGAGCGAUCCCAUUGGAUGAGGCGAGCGCGGUGCAGAACUAUGUCGAACACAUGCUCCUCCUCCUGAUGGAGGAGGAGACCGGAGUAAGCGGAGCCAUGGGCCCCAUCCUGGAGUUUGUCAUCAUGGAGAACAUCAUGGAGCGCCUGUUCAUAUGGAGCCUGAGGCGGGAUUUCACCGACCAAUCAAAGCUCGAGCAGCUGAAGAUGUACAAGAUGCUGAUUGGUCAGGCCAAGCAACCGCUGUUGCAUCACAAACCCAUUCUGAAGCCACUGAUGAUGCUGCUGUCGUCCUGCUCGGGAACGGCGACGGGUCAAGCGGCAGGAGUUCCGACUUCCUCAAAGGUGGAGAAUGAGCUGGUUGUUCUCCUCCAUCAGCUGUGCUGCGUUGUGUCCAAUGAUCCCUCCAUCCUCGAGCUGUUCUUUCACUCCAGCGAAGAUCAGGGAGCCGCUAACUUCCUGCUCUUUUCCCUCCUUGUUCCCUUCAUCCACAGAGACGGAGAGAUAGGGCAACAGGCUCGAGAUGCCCUGCUCCUCAUUAUGACCCUCAGCAAGGACAACCAGCGUGUGGCCACACACAUCGCUCACAACACGUUCUUCUGUCCGGUAUUAGCCACCGGUCUGAGUGGUCUGUACUCAUCUCUGCCUGCUAAGCUGGAGGUAUCCAGUGAAGACUGGCACUAUAUUCAAAAUGACGAGUGGCAGCAGGAGCCUGCACUCGUUCACUUCCUAAACUCACUCGAGUUCUGUAACACCGUCAUGCAGGUGGCUCAUCCAUCCAUCAGAGAUCAGCUGGUUGGUUACAUCAUCAACGGCUUUCUGGUUCCUGUUUUAGGACCCGCGCUGCAUAAACUGACUCUGGAGGAAGUGAUGACCACCACGUCGUAUCUGGAUCUUUUCCUAAGGGCUGUCACCGAACCUGCACUGCUUCACACCUUCCUUAGUUUCAUCCUCCUCCAUCGCCAUGACAACGUGCACAUCCUGGACACGCUCGUCAGCCGCAUCAACACGCCUUUCCAGCUGGGCACCGUGUCCCUGUCUCUCUUCCGCACUCUGAUUGGUCUGUACUGCGAGGAUGUCAUGCUUCAGCUCAUACUCAAGUAUCUAAUCCCAUGUAAUCACAUGAUGCUGAGUCAGCGACGUGUCGUGAACGAGAGAGAUUGCUAUUCCAUUUCUGCAGCUAAGUUUCUGGCCCUCACUCCGUCCUGCUGCUCUCCAGACAUCGUCGCUCCACCCAUCCGACAGCUCGACUCCAUCACCUGGUCAAAGGUCCCUGAAGAAGCUAAACCAGGAACUAUAAAGGCAUGUUCCUCGGAGCAGGACGAUUCUGGUCACUCGUGUGUGAUCGGCUCAGAGAUUCACCUGGAUGUCAGUUACCUGCAUUACCUGCACGAUGCACGUAACCGCAUCAGCACAUGCGCGCGUGCGUGCCGCAUCUGGUCCGCCCCCUACGACGGCGUGACCCCGCCUCCUGAGGAUAAAACUUGUCCUCGUGUGACCUCACAGGCUCAUACUGAUGUCACUUCUUCAUCUGGUGUCGAACUCGAGUGGGAUGACAGUUAUGAUGCCGGUUCUUCUGCACGUGCACAGCAGGAAGAGGAAGAAGAAACGAACGGAGCCACCGCCGGAGUCCAAAACGAUCCGCCGCAACACAUUCAGGAACUCCGAAAAACGGCCACCUUGUUCGUCAAAGGCUCCUACGUGGAAGAGUCGGAAUUUCAGAACGACGUCAUGGUGUACGAUUUGGUUGCACAGAAGGACACCAACGAGUCGGCCGACAGAAAACAUAUCGUUUCCAGUCACGAAACGCAGGACGACGCAGGCCCAGAAAAUCCAGACGAUCUGGGUGAAAAACCAGAAAUAGGAAAUAGUUCCGUGCAACCAGACACAGAGAAACAAAAUGGCAUCCAGAUGGAAGCGGAUCAGAACCCGCACGACCCUCUCACAGAACACUACGACGAUUUGGUGGCGCAGUACGAGGAACUGAUCCGCACUCUGGUCAUCGAAGCCAAAAGUCCGACAAGGAUGCAGCAAGAGUUGAGAAACUCCAUCAUGGAGGAAGAGGUUGACGUGGACUUCAGCUCGUUUUCAGCCAAGACUCCAGAAGCGGAAAAAUCCCCCUCGCCGUUUAGGACUAAACCCCACAGCGGGAGUGUGAAUCACGCCAUACCUUUUACAGGUCCGUUCAUGAGUGUGCUGCUCUCUCGACUAGAGAACAUGCUGGAAAACUCUCUGCAUGUCAAUCUUCUGUUAACAGGAAUCAUCGCUCAGCUCGCUGCUUAUCCACAGCCACUGCUGCGCUCCUUCCUGUUAAACACCAACAUGGUGUUCCAGCCCAGCGUUCACUCGCUGUACCAGGUCUUAGCCUCAGUGAAGAAUCAGAUCGAGCAGCUGGCUGUGAGGCAGAAGGAUUUUCCUGAACUUCUCCUGGCAGCACAACAGUGUCUUCUGGCCAGAGAGACUUCACUCACAGCACAAGAUUCGCCGAGUGCUGGAAAGCACGUGAAGAUCCGAUUGGUCCAACCCAAAAUCGUGGUUCCUCAGAACAGGACGGAGGUCUAUGCCGCCGUGGUCUUCACUGAGUUCCUUAAAGAACUGGCUGCCAUCACACAGGAGCACUCCAUCCUCUCGUACAUGCCCAUGGAGGAGUAAAGCAGAAUUCACAAAACACUCACCAAUAUCAAGCAGAUGUUUCUGACUCUAAGGACACUUCUUACUUUCUUCUUCGACUCCCACUCCCAGGAACAGAGCGAGUUUUAUUCUAUCAUCUCGACAUUUCAUUAAUUAUCCCCCCUAAAAUCUCCAGCACUGUGAACUACGAUGCCUCAACCACCAUGCUUCAUUAUGCUUGUAACUCCGUAGCGAGUUCUCUGCUUUUAUCCAUUCAUCUGAAUUUUUUUAACUUUAACUGAUCUUUUUUUCACAAUUUCUCCAUUUUCAAAAUGUCUUUUUUUUCUUCUCCACUCCAAGACCAAGGCGAUCUCCAUCUUUCAGCUCCCAAACACCACAGACACACUUUAAUCAUUUCAUCCUUUUCAAAUGAUUUUUUUUCCCUCUGUCAUCCUGCUAAAGAAGCUAAUCUUCACUAAAACAGGAUUUAUUUCCCUUUAGAGAAGCAGAGCUGCAUGUUUUCUUCAUCUUGCCAUGUUGAACUCCGUUCGAUGCAGAACCAUAACCCAUAAAUUCGUCUCUGGAGAACUCUUAAGCUCUCAGGAGGAAACUGAUGCCUGUUAAAUCAUCAAGCCUCGUCUUCCAGCGAGGGACCAGAACUCCUCAGAAUUCUUCUUAUUUACACAUUUGUAGAUGUGUAUACACCUCUUACCUCUUAAAUCCUGGAUUUCUGCUUAUUUCAUCAUUUUCAUUUCUACACGAUGAGGAAAAAACACUUUUAAUAGCUUUAAAGUGUUUUACCAUUUUCUCAGAAGCCUUAGCGGCAUUCUGAAGUUGUAAAGUUCUCCAGAAAGUAAAAAGGAUGAUAAAGCACUGUUUAUAUCCUACACCCAAUGUUCUUCAGCCAAUCAGAUCAGGUCUGAGCGUGUAAAGUCUGGGUAAAGCUUGUGUAAAGGUUAUUACUUCAUGGGGGACGUGAAACAACAGCAACAAUAUUUUUAUUUUAGGAAAAUGUGUCAUUUUUUCCUGACUGUUAGAGGGUUUAUUUCCAGUGCACGAGGGAGUUUAAAUGUUUUUGUAUAGCGAUAUUGUACAUGUAUAGCUUUAUUAAUUAUUUAAUCCGAAUAUAUUUUUUUAAAAUGCUCCCAUAUAUAAUACAAAUCGUUUUGUUUUGGUUUUUUUUUUCCAAAAAAUUUUGUUUCAGGUUAAUUUGGUUGGUAAAAUGGUGCAAUAAGAUAACAAACAAAACAAAAAAGUCAAAAUGAAUUAUUUAAGGAAUAUUUAUGAACUAAAAAUCAUCAUUUUGGAUGAAAAACAAAAAUUGAGAAUAUGAUGAUUUAAUCAGGACGUGUCAAUCGCCACAAUGCUAAUUAAUAAUUCGAUUUUAUCAUAGAAAGAUAAAACGAAUUUAAAAGCAAGUGCUGUUUUAUUUAAUAUUCUUAGACUCUGUGUUUGUGUAGGAAGAUACUACAAAUGCAAAAAUGCUAGCUAGCUUCAUACGCACGCAGUCAUGCUAACAACACGACCCACGUCGUGACUCGGGUCCUGGCAUCAGCGUCUAUUUUCAGCUGACUGUAACUGGACAUGUGAUCCGUUCAAAUGACAGAAAUGUAGCUGUUCUAACAGAAGAAAGGGUUUUAUAAUAAAAAAAAGCUAAUCAUGUGAGUUAUCGUGGGACAUUUAUAGAUAUAAAUAUGAUACACUCAUCUUUGCACAAUAAUAAGCAUUUGAUUCUGUUUUAUGCUAUCAAUCAGCGAGGACCUCAGUCAUCAAAUACCCAUAGCCACACAUAAUGCUAAUCAUGCUAGCACUUUUUGAGUAGAUUUUGUGUCGAUUGAUUCAUGCUAGCAAACGAAGGAAUCAGUCCGUUACUUAGCAUUAUACUUGUACUAUUCUGUUUAGCAUGAGCUUAUGUAGCUAUGAUUGCACAUUUAUGGAUAACAUGUGCCUUUAUUUAUGACUCCUGCUGUUUCGAAUUUUCUUUACACAGCAUCGCAGAAGUCUAGAAGUCUAAUCCAAAGAUAUUUAUAUGUGGGUUUUUAAGAAUAUCAGGUAUAUUUUUAAAAGAUGGUUCUGUGGAUUGUGGGUGGAUCUAAAGAAAUAAAUUGGUUUCCCUAAA